AUGGAAAAUGGAACAGGGCAAGAUGCUGAUUGUGUAAAAACAAGCAAUAUCCUCAUUGAUGCAAACCUCAAGGUUCGUAUCACGGAAUUCGCUUUGGCAUCAAUCGCAGACAUGCAGCCGGCCACCUUCGACGAGAUGGUCUGCGCUCGAAGUGGUGUUGACAGGGAGCUCAAGGAAUCAGGCUCAGAUAUUUAUUCAUUCGCAUGCACCGUCCCGGAGGAUCAUGAUCAUCUGUACCGUCUCCAGCGUCUCAUCCGCGAGGGCUUGGGACAGGGGCUUGGAAAGCCCUUCGUGAAAUUUCAAGCAGCAGCCCAAACAUUACAGGGCACCACGGCAUUCCAAAAGGAAAUAAGCGGCAGGGCCAGCAAGCAGCCAUGCACUCGAGCUGAGGGUUGUCGACCAAGAGCAACAAACCCGGAAGAUGAGGGGAUCAAGGAUUCGACGCAAUACCGCCGGGUAGAAAUGGGCUAG